ACAAUCAGUAGAAACAGUAACAGGUCACGUAAGUCACGAGCAGAAAGUGCAUCACAUGGUUUAAAUAGAGGUCAAAGUUCAGACAGUGACAGUGACCAUGAAGAGGGAAAGGGCACAACCUUUGAACCCGAUUUCAACACAGUUGACAUCAGCGAUGAAAAAGCCUUUGACACAGACUUGGAAGUUGAAGCCAUCCCUAAGAUACCGCAUGUUGUGGACGGAGUUUUGGAUUUCCAAAGCGUGAGACUCGCUUAUAGUGAACAGGCGGCACUGCUGAAAGCCGGUCAAACAGAGCUCAAUCAGUCCGCAUCUUACGAUCACACGGGGAAGACAUCGUACAUCGACACAUGUAAGAAACUUGGCGUUGUUCCAGCAUCAUACUACCUGCGUCACAUGCAGGACCGACAUUUAAACAUGAGGCAUCAUGGUCUAGGUGCCGCGGGGAUGAGGGCUCUGGCAGAAUCAUUAUCAUCGAAUACAAAUGUGUUAGAGUUAGAUCUCAGUGAUAAUUGGUUGGGACCUCAAGGUGGGUUGGCUGUCUGUGAAAUGCUCAAGGAUAACUGUUUCAUCACAGAAUUGAAUCUGUCAGAAAACAGACUAGGAACAGAAUGUGCUCCACAUCUAUCUCAGAUUAUGCAACAGAAUGUCACUUUAACACAUGUAACUCUCUCAGGAAAUGAAUUUGAUGACCAUUCUGCACCAUAUUUUGCUGAAGCCAUUCUGAAUUCAACAAAAGUACUACAUUUAAAUCUAAGUCAUAAUAAUUUUGGGGAUGUAUCCGGGACAAUAUUGGGACCAGCAAUAGCAGAUAACUCAUGUAUAAAGGAACUGGACCUGUCCUGGAAUUGUAUACGCAGAAAAGGGGCUGUUGCCAUUACGCAAGGGGUUAAGAAUAAUAUAUUUUUGAAGAAGAUUAAUCUAUCUUGGAAUGGAUUUGGUUUAGAAGGUGCACUAGGUCUUCAAGAUGCUUUGAAAGGAAACUCAGUUUUAGAAGAAUUAGAUAUAUCAAAUAAUCGUAUAACUGCAGAAGGUGCUGUAAUUAUAGGAAAAGGAAUUUCAGUCAACGAAACACUUAACACAUUAAAGAUGGGAAAGAAUCCUAUGCAAAGUGCUGGAUGUUAUGGAAUUUGUGCUGCAAUUUUACGCAAUCCAAACUGUGUGCUCAAGGUCAUAGACUUCAGUGAUAUACUGGUAAACAAAGAUUUUGAAGAUGUAUUCAAACAGGUUCAGGAACAAAUCCCCGAUAUCAAGCUUGCACAUGGUGGCAUGGAACCACCCCCAAAGCCUAAAGCUAAAGUUCAUCCGAUGGUAAAAUUGGUAAAUUACAUAGAGAAACAUGAGCUGCGAUUGGUCGAUUUUUUCAACAAGUUUGAUAAGGACGGGAGUAUGAGCGUGACACAUGAGGAAUUUGUGGAAGGAAUCGAGACUGCAAGACAGGCAAUAAAAAAGAAUGCACAGGAGACAGGUAUAAAAUUAAGUGAUGAUGAAAUUGAGGAACUGCUAAAUGAACUAGACAGAGAUGGGGAUGGAGAAAUCAACUAUAAUGAACUGGUAGUGAGUCAUGUAGACUUCCAGGAGAAGAGGGAACAAAUCAACACAGUGCUGACAGUCAUGCAACCACGACCUAUGACUACUUGACCUAUGACUACAUGACCUAUGACUACAUGUACUUGACCUAUGACUACAUG